AUGGAGCCUAACAGAGAGCUUGAACGCGACUAUGCUAUCAUCGGAUCGGGGAUAACGGGAAUGUCGGUCGCCAAAAGCCUUCUAGAGCGACACCCAUCAGCCACGAUAACCAUCUUCGAAGCCCGAACGCUGUGCUCGGGUGCGACAGGCCGAAAUGGAGGCCAAAUGGCCGCCAACGUGGGCGAAGAGUAUGCCCAUCUCGCCGACGCCCACGGUCCUGAAAUGGCGGGCAAGAUUGUGUCGUUCACAUUCCACAACUUGCAGAAAAUGCAGGAGCUGAUCAAGGAAUACGAUGCCGAAGAACUGAGCGAGAUGCAGCGAUUGAAGAAGCUACGAGCGUUUUUAACCGAGGACUCGUUCGAGGGGUUUCAAAAGAGUAUCGCUCGUCUGGAAUCCGACCAUCCCUCCUGGAAAGGGCUGUAUACAAUACUGGAUAAGGAAACACUCAUUAAGGUUGGCGAAUUGAUGUUUGGAAGAUAUGUGGUGAAGCUGACCGACGUCAGGAAUAUGGCAUCCACGGAGCAGCAGGGGGAGCCCUGCUUCCUGCAGGAACCGUGUGGCCCUAUCGACUCGUCACGAAGAUCUUCGCCGACCUCCUCAAGAAGCCCGAAUAGGCUAACCAUUGAGACCCACACGCCUGUCGAGUCGGUCCAGAAUGACUCCAGCUUCAUCACGCCAACUACGUCGGUCUUUCCGUACACCAUCCAGACCCCGCGAGGACCCUCGCGAGUGGCCAAUGUGGUCUACUGCACAAAUGGGUAUAGUGGCCAUCUGAUCCCUGAGCUCCGGGGCCACAUCCACCCAUUCAAAGGCACAAUGACAGUUCAAGAUCCCGGGAACUCCGUGCCUAAUCAAGGUCAACAUUUAUCCUGGGGCUUCCAUUACCCACCGACCUACGAUCCCACCACCAAAGAAUCCGGCUACGGGCUGUACUACCUCGGCCAGAGUGCGAAGACGGGCUACUUCUACUUUGGCGGCGAAAACACGCGGAUCGAGGAUGCUGUUUCUGCAGAUGACAGUUUCGUGGGGAGCAACUCGGUGCUCCAUCUCCAAUCUGUUCUGCCGAAGUUCUUUGGCCAAAGGCCCGGUUCGCAAUGGAAGCUGGUGAGCUCCUGGAGCGGGAUAAUGGGAUUCUCGGCUGAUGGGCUGCCUCUCAUUGGCAGACUCUCAUCGUCGCUGACGGGCCGGAAUGGGAAAGGCGAAUGGAUUGCUGCGGCGUUUAAUGGGUAUGGCAUGGCUAACUGCCUGAUGUGUGGGGAUGCCCUUGUUUCGAUGAUACUUGGCGAGGGCUCGAACGAGUGGCUUCCUGGCGCAUAUGAAUUGAGUGAGAGCCGGCUGCAAAAUACUCUCGCAACCUCUGAAUCGAUCAGUGCCUUGACUCCUAAGCUCUGA